AUGUCUGAUCAGGUACUCCUCAUCAUCUAUAGCGUCUUCCGCAUCGUGGCUCUCACGCUCCGCAUCUCCUACGCUGCCGUGCCGGACAACACAAACCUCGCCAUCGCCGCCAACAUCAUCUCCAAUGCCGGCGUCAUCGUCAUUUUUGUCCUCAACCUCCUGGUCUCGCCCCGCCUCAUGCGCCGUUUCUUCGGUGCCCGUGGUGCGACAGGCUGGCGUCGCAAGAUUUCCACCAUCCCCUUCUUCGCCGCCAUCCCCUUCCUCCCCAUCAUGCUGCUGACGGUCGUCAACGUCACGAUUCUCACCUACUUCACCAACGACCCCAAGGUGCGCCAAGACUGCCUUACCGCCCAAAAGGUCGCCUCCGUAACCUUCGUCGUCAUCGCUUUCCUGCCCGCCCCCUUUGCCGCCGCCGUCGCCAUCCUGUCACCCCCCAUGAAGAAACAGCACCACCAGGAGCAGGCCGAGAAGGAGGCGACCGCCAGCUCUGCCGCCCGCCGUAGCUUCGCCUCCCGCGUCAUCCACCCCGACGACCGAAGCACCGGCACCGUCCGCGGCUCUGCCCUGCUCAUGGCCUAUGGCUCCGCCGUCCUGACCGUCGGCGCCGCCUACCGCACCACCUCCAUCCUCAGCCCCCGUCGCAUGCCCGGCGAUCCGGCCUGGUACCACGAGCGCCCGGCCUAUUAUUGUUUCAACUACAUGCUCGAGCUCAUUGUCGUGGCCGCCUACCUCAUCUUCCGCUUCGACCAGCGCUUCCGCGAGAUCACGGAAGAGGAACAGGAGGCGCAGGGCACCCUCGUCGCGCCCAGCUACUCGGACCGGAAAGAUAGCGAGGAGGCCGUCGCGUCCAAGGCUGAUGGCGAGCAGGGUGGGCCUUCGGCGGCGGCUGCUGCUCCAAAGGACGGCGAGAUUGUCUGA